AUGAAUGUGUUGUGGAAUCAUGGCCAUGACAGAGAGUGGAUCCAGGAGAAUGGGGAAGAGGAAAUAGGGAAGUUGUUGCUGGUGGAAUUGUCCGGAAUUAUUGAUUCAGUCUUUCUAUCAAAAUGUGAAAAUAAAUGCAAGAUUUGGGGAAUUGACACAGAGAGUCCCAUUAUACAAAUGGGCAGCUGUGUCCUUGCUGGAGAGUAUGAAGACACUCUUGGAACCUGUGUUACAUUUGAAACAAAUGUUGAACAUGGUGAUGCAGAAGGCAGUAAUACAAUAAUGCUAAAAUAUAAACGUCGUACAAUGAAGAAGUUCAGCAUGACAAGCACUCUUUUGACAGAAAAGAAGGAAGGAGAAGAAAGCCUAGGUGGUACGAAAUGGCCACAAAUCAAGGACGAUGAUUUCUGCUGUAGACCCAACAUGAUUUGUAGCUUUCUGCAUGAAAAUGAAGAUGACGACGUUGUAGCUCUAGCCUCAGAUAAAUCUUUGGUGUUGGAAGAGCAAGAGAUUCAAAGGAAAGAUAAUUCAAACCUGAGUUAUGAACACAGGAAAUCACUGAACUUGGAAGAAAAGAAUUCUGGCCCUCUUACUGAUAUCCCUUCUUUUGAGAUGGAAGGUUAUUAUUUUUUUUAUGGAAACUCAAGAUACUGCCUUGAAAAUCACUCUUAG